CUGAGCCGGCUCCACCACUAUCCCAUGAUGCUCCGCGAUUGUUGGGUGCGUCGGCAUUGGGUCCUCCUGUAGUCGGCGGUGCGGCGGGCAAGCAAGAUGGCGGAGAGUGAUUACGAGUCGGUGCUCUGUGUGAAGCCGGAGGUUCACGUUUACAGGAUCCCGCCGAGGGCAACGAACCGGGGCUACAGAGCUGCAGAUUGGAAGUUGGAUCAACCUGAUUGGACUGGGAGACUCCGGAUAACAGCAAAAGGAAAUAUUGCUUACAUUAAAUUGGAAGACAAGGUUUCAGGAGAGUUGUUUGCACAAUCCCCAGUGGACCAGUUUCCGGGAAUUGCAGUGGAGAGCGUUGUUGAUUCAAGCAGAUACUUUGUCAUUCGCAUCGAAGAUGGAAAUGGGCGACGUGCAUUCAUUGGCAUUGGAUUUGUUGACAGGGGAGAUGCUUUUGAUUUUAAUGUCGGUCUGCAGGAUCACUUCAAAUGGGUUAAGCAGCAGAGUGAACUUGCCAAACAAGCUCAGAACCCAGACUCCGGACCUAAAUUGGACUUGGGAUUUAAAGAGGGACAGACCAUCAAGCUAAAUAUUGGGAAUGUACGGAAAAAGGAGAACUCAUCGACUAAGCCUCGUCUAACAGGUACUGGAAUAGGCUUACUCCCACCACCACCAGGGGCUAAAACUCCAAUCCUGCUGCCACCACCAGGGUCACAAGGCAUGACGCAACAGCCUAUGCAGUCAUCUUCUACAGAAUUACUGGGAGGCUUUGAUGCCCCACAACCAUCUCCUACUUUGGCUUCUCAUACUGCCACAACUGACUUGUGGGGAGACUUUGCAGCAGCAACCAGCCCUGCUACCACCCAAGUGACCCAGAGCACCCACUGGGUUCAGUUUUGACAUGGGGCAGCCUUCAGCUUUCGUCUUUGAAAUUUUAAUCCUGAGAGACCAUGACUGGCACUUCUUUUCUGAUGAGAUUCUUGGAGAUGGAAGCUACUGGGAGUCCAUAGUGCCGGAGCCAGCAGGAUUCAGGACUCUCAGGCUGCAGCUUUGGGAUUUUUCAUUUCCAUUAAUAGUGCAUCUCUACCAGAACAUCUGUCCCAUUCUUGUAACCACUGUGUUCACAAGAGCCCCGAUAUGCAUUGUCAUAAAGCGAUGGUUUUGCCUCGCAAGUGAUUGGACUCAAUUUCAUAAAGGUCAAUGGGACACAAAUGUAUAUUGAAAAGGAGUUACCAUGUAUUUGAAUUUUAUUUUUUACACAGAAGUGUAUAAUGUGUAAUAAUGGUCCUAACUCUGAAGCAAUUCUUAAGCACAUCACAGCGAAUUGUUUCACACAGACACUGUUUUCAAUAGAUUCCAUUCCGUACGUAAUCUUCCAUUGUAACGGCUUGUGGGGUGGGGGAGGGUACUGUGAAGAACUGAUUUGAACUUAAAGAACAAAGCACGAUACGAUUCACUGAGGUCCAACAAAAUCACAUGCCACACGAGGAAGCAUAUGCGAGACAUAUUUCUUCUUCCAAGUGGUGAUUUUGUAAUCUGAUGGAUUGAUGUGGAUGGCAAUUGGUGUGGUAUAGAGUAGCAAAAACUGGGCCUUUAAAUAUUAUCUGCUUUCCUUUUCCAAAAUAUUUGUCUGCUUUGGCCAGCGACCUUUAACUUUGGGCUGACCUGUGAACUAUUUGUGUCUGUAAAUAAGAGUUUGUCUAUUUCAGUAUUUAUACAUAUUGGAGGGGGGGAUGGGGGUGGAAUUUGGGAGCUGUUAAUGUUAAUGCUGCGUUAAAAUCAGGGAAUUUCUUUAGAGUUGGAAAUGUUCCAAAUAAAAAAAUGUCUAUUGAAACUAUUUCUAUUUGGAUACUUUACGCUGUCUCAAUGUGCAUCACGACUAUUUACCACUGAAGCUCAGUUGCAGAUGAAUGCAGUAAGUUGAUUUGCAUGUGUAGAUCCACAUCCAGCACUAAACUGAAUGAAUGACCACUAACCUUUUUGGAUCGUUAGUUGGAGAAGGAAUAUUGGUCAGGAUAUCUGAAGAACAUCUUGCUCUUCUUUCAAUGGUACUGAGAGACAUUUGGUGCCCAAUGAAAUAGGAAAUCCUGAGAGGCUGCACCUACAAAUAUGCGUUCCUAUAUUGGAAGGUCAAAUAUGGGAUUUGAGCCCAUUAUCUACUAACUCUGAGCCAAUACUAAUUGAGCUGACAUCUAGAAAUGCAAUACUCCAAAAGAAAUUGAUUUAAUUUAUGAAACACGGUAUAAUACUUGCACAAAUGAAAGAAGAAAUUCCGCAAUCACCUUGGUGACAACCUUUGAUUAUUUACCAGUACAUUGAAGCAAGAUGAAUAUUAAAACAUAUUGUUCCCAAAUCUCAAGAGUGUUGUUUAAGGGGAAGCUGAAUUAUGGCUUGUUAGCGUCUGGGGGGGGGAAUGUUUGCUAUUGGUUACCUGCCAUCACAACCACAGAACAAAGCCUCUGCCUCUGGCCAGGACUAUCCCCCGCACUGGCUCAGAUAACCAUCUUAUAUAAAGGGGAGUAAUUCUACAACAAGCCCCGCCCAGGGACGCUGAAGGAGAAUUUUAUACUCCAACAUUGUCUUUAGAGCUCAGCUAAGGAUCACCCACUGCUUACUGUUGAUGUUGUAAGUACUGACUAUUCCUGAUUUAUGAUUAUCUUGGUGAUGACUACUGUCGGAUUUAACAAGCAUUUUGUCUUAAUAUUUUUGUUUUUAUGUAACACUUUAUUUGGGUCUGAAAUAAUUAACAAACUGUAGAAUUGCUAAGGAUUUGGAUUGGAUGUUUAUUUGGUUUGAAGCACCUCAAAAUCCUAAAUAUCAUUAAGAGUAGAUUUAUUUUUAAAGUGUUCAUAAUUCUGAGACCAUGAUCAUGGUAUGAUAGAUAAAUUGAUACAAUUUUCUUUUCCAUUGUACCUGGACAAUGAUAAAAAGUUUUCACUACCUGGAAA